GUGCGUGCGUUCGGGCAGCGGCGGCGGGCGAGGAUGGGCACGAGAUAGAGGCAGAGCCACCGCCGUCCACGGCCCCGAGAGGGGCGACAGAACCUCGGGCACCGGUCUACGGCCCCCUCCCCGGCGGUCCGGCCCCUGGGAGCCCUCGUCACCGCGUCCUGCGACCCCGGGCAGAUAUAGCCACGUGUGACGAUCUACGCAGUAGGAUCCCCUUUUCCACCGGCUCCGGACUUCCUCCAUCACACAAUGCCGCCGCCUGCGGAUAUCGUGAAGGUGGCCAUAAAAUGGCCUGGCGCCUACCCUAAAUUCAUGGAGAUUGACCAGAAAAAACCACUGUCUGCAAUAAUAAAGGAAGUCUGUGAUGGGUGGUCUCUUGCCAACCAUGAAUACUUUGCACUGCAGCAUGCUGAUAGCUCAAACUUCUACAUCACGGAAAAGAAUCGCAAUGAAAUAAAGAACGGAUCUAUCCUUCGAUUAACCACAUCUCCGGCUCAAAAUGCCCAGCAGCUCCAUGAGCGAAUACAGUCAUCAAGUAUGGAUGCCAAGCUGGAAGCCCUGAAGGAUUUGGCCAGCCUCUCCCGGGAUGUGACCUUUGCUCAGGAGUUCAUCAACCUGGAUGGCAUCUCACUCCUCACUCAGAUGGUGGAAAGCGGCACAGACCGAUACCAGAAGUUGCAGAAGAUUAUGAAGCCUUGCUUUGGAGACAUGUUGUCCUUCACUUUGACAGCCUUUGUGGAGCUCAUGGACCACGGCAUCGUGUCAUGGGAUACAUUCUCAGUGGCGUUCAUAAAGAAGAUAGCAAGCUUUGUGAACAAAUCUGCCAUAGACAUCUCAAUCCUGCAGAGGUCCUUGGCCAUUUUGGAGUCAAUGGUUCUCAACAGCCAUGAUCUCUACCAGAAGGUAGCCCAGGAGAUCACCAUCGGCCAACUUAUUCCUCAUCUUCAGGGGACAGAUCAAGAAAUCCAGACUUACACUAUUGCUGUAAUCAACGCGCUUUUCCUGAAGGCCCCUGACGAGAGGAGGCAGGAGAUGGCUAAUAUCUUGGCUCAGAAGCAGCUGCGCUACAUCAUUUUAACACAUGUCAUCCGAGCGCAGCGGGCCAUCAACAACGAGAUGGCACACCAGUUGUAUGUGCUCCAAGUGCUGACCUUUAACCUUCUGGAAGACAGGAUGAUGACCAAGAUGGACCCCCAGGACCAGGCUCAGAGAGACAUCAUCUUUGAACUUCGAAGAAUUGCUUUCGACGCCGAGUCGGAACCGAACAGCAGCAGCGGCAGCGUGGAGAAACGCAAGUCCAUGUACACGCGGGAUUAUAAAAAGCUCGGCUUCAUUAAUCAUGUCAAUCCUGCCAUGGACUUCACACAGACGCCUCCUGGCAUGCUGGCUCUGGACAACAUGCUGUAUUUCGCUAAGCACCAUCAGGAUGCAUACAUCCGGAUUGUGCUUGAGAACAGCAGCCGGGAGGACAAGCACGAGUGUCCCUUCGGCCGCAGCAGUAUAGAACUGACCAAGAUGCUGUGCGAGAUCCUGAAAGUGGGCGAGCUGCCUAGCGAGACCUGCAAUGACUUCCACCCGAUGUUCUUCACCCACGACAGAGCCUUUGAGGAGUUCUUCUGCAUCUGUAUCCAGCUCCUGAACAAGACAUGGAAGGAAAUGAGGGCAACUUCUGAAGACUUCAACAAGGUAAUGCAGGUGGUGAAGGAGCAGGUUAUGAGAGCGCUGACAACCAAGCCUAGCUCCCUGGACCAGUUCAAGAGCAAACUGCAGAACCUGAGCUACACUGAAAUCCUGAAAAUCCGCCAGUCUGAGAGGAUGAACCAGGAAGAUUUCCAGUCUCGCCCGAUUUUGGAACUAAAGGAGAAGAUCCAGCCAGAAAUCUUAGAGCUGAUCAAACAGCAGCGCCUGAACCGCCUCGUGGAAGGAACCUGCUUUAGGAAACUCAACGCUCGUCGGAGACAAGACAAAUUUUGGUAUUGUCGGCUUUCACCAAAUCACAAGGUCUUACAUUAUGGUGACUUGGAAGAGAGCCCCCAAGGAGAAGUGCCCCAUGAUUCCCUGCAGGACAAAUUGCCGGUGGCAGAUAUCAAAGCGGUGGUGACGGGAAAGGACUGCCCUCACAUGAAAGAGAAAGGUGCCCUUAAACAAAACAAGGAGGUGCUUGAGCUUGCUUUCUCCAUAUUGUAUGACUCAAAUUGCCAACUGAAUUUUAUUGCGCCUGACAAGCAUGAGUAUUGCAUCUGGACAGAUGGGCUGAACGCACUGCUUGGGAAGGACAUGAUGAGCGACCUGACGCGGAAUGACCUAGACACCUUGCUGAGCAUGGAGAUCAAGCUCCGCCUGUUGGACCUGGAAAACAUCCAGAUCCCGGAUGCUCCUCCACCCAUCCCUAAGGAGCCCAGCAACUAUGACUUCGUCUAUGACUGUAAUUGAAGUGGCUGGGCCUGGACACAUUCCUCCUAAACUGGAAGAUCUAGCUAUGAGCAGAGAGGAGCGCAAACACACCCACAUGUUGGGACCAUUUUUUGGUGGUGGGAAGCUGCAGGUCAACCCUUCCUUUGGCCUCAUUUUUAGCCUUUUUUUUUUUUUUUUUUUUUUUUGGCUUCUUACCAUCUCCUGGAAUCUCCUUCCUGACUCAGUAUUUCAGGUCACUCCACUGCCCGCUCACUGGUGGAUCAUGACCAGAAACCACCACUAGUAAGGAAGUCAAAUAAUCUUCUCAUUCUAACCUGAUGUGGCCAUGUCCUGCCCUUCUUCCUGCUUGCCUGGAGUAGGAAAUCCAAUUAGUCCCACACUGCCCCAACUUAGCUUACUAAACCAUGAAAAAUGCCUAAGGCCGGGAUUGGGUAAAAUAGCUCUGUUACUGGACAAGAAGACCAAAGGCCGCCACCUCCUACCCCUUCUUUCUAGGGUCAACUCACAUCAUCAGUUCUCUGUGAGUUGAGAUCGCUUUCGCAUCUCCUCUCUCUCCCUUCCUGGCCUUGACCUUGCUCUGGUCCACUUUGGUUCCGUGUGUAGCAGCAGCAGCCUCAUUCCAGUCCUCUGCAGCACCAGGUCUCCCAGACCGUCCACAGAGCCCAUGCCUGCUCCUUGUCUGCACUGUGACCAUGACCAUGACCAACCUCUCUGGCACACUGUCUAGUCUUGGGGUCCUCUCCUUAUUGCCCCAGCCCAGACCUGCCUUCUUCAUUUCUUCAAGCUCCCAGCAGCCCCUUAGCAGAAAGCACAAAUGAAGUUAGUCGUCCUGCUCCAUCUCAAAUAGACUAAACCUAACAGCCUCUAAGGCGGCUGGCUGUUGCUAUCCAACAGUCCCAUGUCACCUUGUCCUUGGGGCUCCUGCUACGACCCAGGUUCUCCAGGGUGGUCAAGCUGUCAGACAUCCAAGUUUACAUCGUUGUAAUUAUUCUAGGUCUUUACAAUUUACAAGGGUUUGGGAUUCUUUUGUUUUGUUUUGUUUUUGGCUUUGUUUUUGUAUAAAAGAGUCUAACAUUUUUUUUGCCAAACAGAUAUAUAUUUAAUGAAAAGAAGAGAUACAUAAAUGUGUGUGCUUUCCAGUUUGUUUUUAAUUAUUUUAAUCCCAAACAUCUUCCUGAGAAUAACAUUCCCUUCAACAUGCUGUGGAAUAAAAUUAAAUGUGACGA